AAUCCAGCAGAAAAACCAGGCAUAGUUAUAUCAAUGAGAAGUCCUCCAAGAUGUGGAAAAAAUAUAUUAACCGAUUUUAUUGGAUUCAAAGUAUUGGGGUCUGAAAACUUCUUAUCAACAUCCAGGCUUAAUGAUGUAGUAGGAAGGUUCAAUAAAGAAAUUCAAGGUCAUAAACUUAUAAUUCUUAAUGAAUGUGGAAUGACUGGUUCAGAAUGGCAUACAGCAAAUGAUAAUUUAAAAAGUUUAAUUACCGAGCCUUAUGUAACAAUCGAACGAAAAGGACUAGAUCAAAAAACCAUUUCCGAUUUUGCUGGAUAUAUGAUUCUUAGUAACCACCAUGCACCUCUUAGAGUUGAAGUGGGGGAUGAACGUAUAGUUGCUUUGGAUGUAUCUCCACGCUAUAAGGGAAAGAUUAAUGAAUACUUUAAACCCCUCAAGAAAAUAUUAGAUCAUCCUGAUACUCCAGGAGCAUUUAUGACAUGGUUAUUAAAACGCGAUAUUUCUGGAUGGUGUCCAAGAGCAGAUAUUCCUAAUACAAAAAUGAAACAGGAAUUAAUGGAAGAACAACUAUCAAAUCCCCAACGAUUUUUAAUUAAUUAUAUUGAUACUAUUGAUUGGCCAGAAAAUGUUC